AGAUCAUUUUAAUGAAUUUAUGUUAUGAAAUUUUCAGAAUUAAUUAUAGUAGUGUAGUUUUGAGUACUCUAAACUAGAAUUAAGUGGAAGAGACGACGGAGAAAGAGGGCUUUGUUCUUCCGUUGCCUGAACCCUUUUUCUGCUCUCCAAUUUGUCACGAUCUCUACAACAAAACGAGCUGGCAUUCUUUGAUCUCAUCGCCUUCAAAUGGGUCUGGUUCCAUUUUCGUUUUUCUUGAUGAAAUCUCAUGCUUAUCAGGAGGUAAAUCCAGCAUUCUUAUAAGUUUAUCGUGGCCAAAUCAAUAAAGUUACCCCAGUGUUCUAAAUUCUGCUGAAAAUCUCAUAUAAUGGCUCAUGGAAGGAUGCGAGCUAGGCUAAAAAGAAGCAGUCUCUACACAUUCGGAUGCAUUCGACCACCUCGUGAAUCAAUCGAUGAGCCUCAUCAGUUUCAAGGGCCAGGAUUUUCAAGACAUGUUUGUUGUAAUGAACCCGGAUUCCAUAGAAAAAAACCCCUCAAAUAUUCUUCAAAUUACAUAUCAACCACAAAGUACAAUGUCAUAACCUUCCUACCCAAAGCCCUCUUUGAGCAAUUCAGGCGAGUUGCAAACUUGUAUUUCCUCCUAGCUGCAGCCCUAUCUAUCUCACCUGUUUCACCUUUCUCACCUUACAGUAUGAUUGCACCUUUGGUGUUUGUAAUCGGGCUUAGUAUGACAAAAGAAGCUGUGGAAAAUUGGCACCGAUUUAUGCAGGAUAUGAAGGUAAAUAUGCGAAAAGUUUCAGUCCAUAUUGGAAAUGGUGUGUUUGUUAAAAAGCCAUGGAUGAAAGUUGAAGUUGGAGAUGUUGUCAAAGUUGAAAAAGACCAGUUUUUUCCUGCAGAUUUAUUGUUUCUAUCAUCUAGUUAUGAAGAUGGGAUUUGUUAUGUGGAAACCAUGAAUUUAGAUGGGGAGACAAAUUUAAAAGUUAAAAGAUCUCUAGAGGUAACUUUACCUUUAGAUGAUGAUCAAAGUUUUCAAGAUUUCAAAGCAACAAUCAAAUGUGAAGAUCCAAACCCUAAUUUGUACUCAUUCGUGGGUAAUUUCGAAUAUGAUCGACAAAUUUACCCUCUUGACACCACCCAAAUUCUUUUAAGAGAUUCCAAGCUUCGAAACACUUCUCAUGUUUAUGGGGUGGUGAUAUUCUCAGGUCAUGAUAGCAAAGUUAUGCAAAAUGCGACGAAAUCGCCCUCGAAAAGAAGCACAAUUGAGAAACAAAUGGAUAAAAUCAUCUAUGUUCUUUUCACACUUCUUGUGUUGAUCUCUUUGAUAAGUUCAAUAGGGUUUGCAAUCAAGACAAGUAAACAAAUGCCCUUUUGGUAUCUUCCUCACGACGAAAAACGGUUAUACGACCCGACCCGCCCGUUUACCUCGGGUUGUAUUCAUUUAAUCACUGCACUUAUUCUUUACGGGUAUUUGAUACCCAUUUCACUGUAUGUUUCCAUUGAGCUUGUGAAGGUAUUACAAGCACUUUUCAUAAAUCAAGAUAUAAACAUGUAUGAUGAGGACACAUGUACACCUGCUCAAGCUAGAACAUCAAAUUUGAAUGAAGAAUUAGGGAUGGUGGACACGAUUCUUUCUGAUAAAACCGGGACAUUGACAUGUAAUCAAAUGGAUUUUUUAAAAUGCUCAAUAGGUGGGACCCAAUAUGGGAUUCGUUCUAGUGAAGUGGAACUUGCUGCUGCAACUCAAAUGGCUAUGGAGGUUAAUGAUAUGUCAAGAACCAGGACCCGACACGGGUCGGAAAUUGAAUUGGAGGUUUUACCGGGUCCCACAAGUGGAAGCUCUCAGAAUCGAAUCAAGGGGUUUAGUUUUGAAGAUAUUCGGUUGAUGAAUGGGAAUUGGUAUAAAGAGCCAAAUGCAGAUGUUGUUUUGAUGUUUUUAAGGAUUCUUGCUCUUUGUCACACUGCAAUUCCUGAUGUAAAUGAGUUGACUGGGGGUUUGACUUAUGAAGCUGAGUCACCAGAUGAAGGAGCUUUCCUUGUUGCAGCAAGAGAGUUUGGAUUUGAAUACUGCAAACGAACUCAAUCGAGUAUAUUUGUUCGUGAAAAGCACCCUUCAUCUCAUGAGCCAAUUGAAAGGGAAUACAAACUUCUAAAUCUUUUGGAUUUCACAAGCAAACGAAAGAGGAUGUCAGUCAUCAUUCAAGAUGAAACUGGACAAAUUUUCCUACUAUGCAAAGGUGCAGACAGCAUCAUCUUUGAUCGUUUAUCGAAAAAUGGAAGAUCAUUUGAAGAAGCCACAAAAAGACAUCUAAAUGAAUAUGCAGAAGCUGGAUUACGUACGCUUGCAUUUGCUUACAAAAUACUUGAUCCAUCAGAAUAUUUCACUUGGAAUGAUGAGUUUUUGAAAGCUAAAACUUCCAUUAAUGGUGAUCGGGAUGCUAUGCUUGAACGUUUAUCUGACAUAAUGGAAAAAGACUUGAUCCUUGUUGGUGCUACUGCUGUUGAGGACAAAUUACAGCAAGGGGUGCCUCAAUGCAUCGAUAAACUUGCUCAAGCUGGUCUUAAAAUUUGGGUUCUCACAGGGGACAAGAUGGAAACUGCAAUCAAUAUCGGAUUUGCUUGCAGUUUACUUCGGCAUGGAAUGAAGCAGAUAUGUAUAACAACAAACAUCGACGUUUUAAACCACAAUUCCAACGAGGGUGUUAAGGAGAAUAUUUUGAUGCAAAUUACCAAUGCUUCUCAAAUGGUUAAACUCGAAAAAGAUCCUCAUGCUGCAUUUGCAUUAAUAAUUGAUGGGAAGACAUUAACGUACGCUUUAGAGGACGAUUUGAAGCUUCAAUUCUUGAAUUUAGCCGUUGAUUGCGCAUCUGUCAUAUGUUGUCGUGUCUCCCCUAAACAAAAGGCGUUGGUUACGAGAUUGGUAAAAGAAGGAACCGGGAAAACGACUUUAGCAAUUGGAGAUGGUGCAAACGAUGUCGGAAUGAUUCAAGAAGCAGAUAUCGGAGUCGGAAUCAGUGGUGUUGAAGGAAUGCAGGCCGUGAUGGCUAGUGAUUUUGCUAUUGCACAAUUUCGGUUUCUUGAAAGGCUUCUUGUUGUACAUGGCCAUUGGUGCUAUAAGAGAAUUGCUCAAAUGAUUUGCUAUUUUUUCUACAAGAAUAUUGCUUUUGGGCUAACGCUAUUCUACUUCGAGGCAUUUACCGGGUUUUCGGGACAAUCGGUUUAUGAUGAUUGGUAUAUGUUAUUAUUCAAUGUUGUUCUUACAUCAUUGCCAGUGAUUUCACUUGGGGUUUUUGAACAAGAUGUUUCUUCUGAGAUCUGCUUACAGUUUCCAGCAUUAUAUCAACAAGGCCCAAGAAAUCUCUUCUUCGACUGGUACAGAAUCUUCGGGUGGAUGGGCAACGGUCUCUACUGCUCCCUCAUCGUAUUCUUCCUCAACAUCAUAAUCUUCUACGACCAAGCGUUCCGGGCAGACGGGCAGACCGCUGACAUGGCAGUCAUGGGGACCGUAAUGUUCACAUGUGUCAUCUACUCUGUAAAUUCCCAAAUCGCCCUCACAAUGAGCCACUUCACAUGGAUCCAACACUUCCUAAUCCUUUUCAGCAUCAUUACAUGGUACAUCUUCCUCAUACUAUACGGCAUGUUGUCUCCGGAUCUUUCCGGAAACGUGUACAAGAUCUUUCUAGAAGCUCUCGCACCCGCUCCCAUUUAUUGGCUUAGUAUAUUGUUAGUAGCGGUUGCGUGUAAUUUGCCUUAUUUGGCUCAUAUUUCGUUUCAAAGAUCUUAUAAUCCAAUGGAUCAUCAUGUGAUUCAAGAAAUCAAGUAUUAUAAAAAAGACGUUGAAGAUCGACAUAUGUGGCGAAGGGAGAAAUCGAAAGCAAGGCAAGAAACAAAGAUUGGGUUUUCGGCGAGAGUUGAUGCUAAAAUUAGACAUUUGAGACAAAAGUUGCACAAGAAAUCAUCGGUGUCGACUCCUCGUGUGUCUUUAUGAAAUGUAUAUUUCAGGGGUUUAUGGUUUACUGUGUUUUUAGAUGUAUACCAACGGCUCUUUAUGUUUGGUUUCUUGGUUGUGUAAUUAUAUAAGGAAAAAUAUAUAGCAAGUAUAUUUUGUGUAGGUUGUUGUAUGUACAAU